GGUGCUGAGUUUAGUCAAAGUAAUGUUGACUGCAGAUUUAGAUCCGAGCUAGCUAGCGCCAUCGUUGCCACUAUUGCCUGCCUUACUUUUAUUCAAUCGACGGUGGACGAAAGGCGACACGCAUCCGUGUGCAAAUAGGAAAUAGGAUCAUAGUAUUCCCCGGUCCCAAUUGUCAUCUUGUCGCGUAUCCUUUUCAGGGCUUCGGGUUUUCAGGAUACGGAGAACUCUGUCUGUGCAUAUCCUCGUGACACAGGUCGACAUGGGCGAUGCUGCUGAAAUUCGUCUGCAGAUCGCAGGUACAGGAGGCGUAGCUGACAAUGGCACGUCUCCAGCAACCGCGGCGCCGCCGACGAUGUCGGAACGCGUACGAUGGUGGGCGGUGGUGCUCGUCAACAUCGUGUUCCUCCUCGGCGGGCAGAGCGUCGCGAGCUUCCUCGGCAGGAUCUACUACGACCAGGGGGGCCGCAGCUUGUGGAUGGCCACGGUGGUUCAGUCCUGCGGCACGCCGCUCGCCGUCCCUCUGCUCCUCUACUUCCGGCGCCGCCCUAGGUCCACCGCGGUGACGCGGCCGCCGCUCCUCAAGAUCUCGGCCAUCUACGCCGGCCUGGGGGUCCUCCUCGCUGCCGACAACCUGAUGUACUCGUACGCGCUCCUCUACCUGCCGCUGUCGACCUACUCGCUCAUCUGCGCGACGCAGCUCUCCUUCAACGCCGUCUUCUCCUACUUCCUCAACAAGGAGAAGUUCACCGCGCUCAUCCUCAACUCCGUCGUGCUGCUCACCUUCUCCGCGGCGCUCGUCGGCGUGAGCCACGGCUCGGACGGGACCAACAGCAGCGUCCCGGAGGGGAAGUUCCCUCUGGGGUUCGCGCUGACGCUGUCGGCGUCGGCGCUCUUCUCCCUGAUCCUCUCCCUGAUGCAGCUAACCUUCGACAAGGUGCUCAAGAGCGACACCUUGUACGACGUGAUGGAGAUGCAGUUCUGGAGCAACACCGCCGCGGCCGUGGUGUCGGUGGCCGGGCUGUUCAUCUCCGGCGAGUGGAGCUCCCUGGACGGCGAGAUGGACGGGUACAAGAAGGGCAAGGUGGCCUACGGGAUGACGCUGGCGUGGACGGCCAUAUCGUGGCAGCUGGCCACCGUGGGCAUGAUGGGGCUCGUCGCGGCGGUGUCGUCGCUCUUCACCAACGUGAUCAGCACCGUGGGGUUGCCGCUGUCGCCUAUCGUCGCCGUGAUCUUCUUCGGCGACCGGAUGGACGGGGUGAAGGUGCUGGCGAUGCUCAUAGGGGUCUGGGGGUUCUUGUCCUACAUCUACCAGCACUACCUUGAUGAUGCCAAGGUUAAGAAGAUACUAGCUGAGCGAUUAGCCGACGACGACGAACACCAGACUGUUAAACUCAAUACAGAGUGAAUAGAAUACGCAGGACUUAGACUGUGCUCACCCCGUUCUUAGAAAAACUUUGUUCAUCCCUGUGUGGAUUUUAGUAUUUUACUGAAUCGUGUUGCAAUACGCAAACACCUUUUUACCGGAGCCGGGAUGUACCGGCAUAGCAUCCACUGUUCAGCUGCUUUAUGAUCUGUGUCUAAGUAGGCCCCAUUUAUAUGUA